AUGUUCUACUACAUCGACUCCUCCAACAAUUAUAGGCGAGUUUUUGGGGAAAGUCGGGAGAAAAAGUUGAAAAAAGGAAUUUUCAGAGGACCCUACUCGGAACAGGCCUACGAAAAAUGGUUUAACAACGAGCAAAUGCCGGCCGGAACGCCCAUCUUCGACGAGAACCUUCAGAGGUACGCGAUCGAGGAUAUUGUGUGCAAAUCGUUGAAGUCUCGCACGAAAGUCAUUUUCCAAGACGAGACGACGAUCGAAGACAGGACGAUCGAUCAGACGAACCUCGACGUGACGCUCAACAUCAAUCAGACCUAUCGGUUACCCGAAAUAGUUGCAAAUUUAUCGACUUUUCGUGUUUUCAGGCCAAACGACUCGACGUUCUUCCACCCGGAUUUCACGCAAAUCGAGGAGGAAGUCGACGAGGUCGACUGCGGCCGAGGAUCCGAGAAGGACGUCGCGCAGGCGUACCUUCAGAAGGUGUGCGGAAUGUACGUGGACCGUCGUUCGCUCGUCAACCGUCGUCGUCGCUUUCCCGACAAUUACGUGCCGUUCGAGUUCCCGUGGAGCCGAUGGGUCCCUCAACCACUCACGUGUACGGUUUUGCAUAAAAAAAUGACAUCCGGGAAGAAAGUUUCAAAAUAAUCUGACACUGCAGAAAAGCACAUUUAUUUUACCUAUUUCUCCUCAAUUUUUUCCAGUUUUCGAAACAAAUAUGUUUUCUCUAGAUUCACACGCUCGAAAAGGGUUUUUCGAUUUCCACCGAUGGAAAUUUGUUAAAAAUCUGUUCUUUUACGUCAUAUAUUUUUUCUGCAGUGUCAAAUCAUUUUUCUCUUUCCCCGGACAGCUCCGAGAAAAAGCAGGAAAUGUGCUUUUUUCAGAUUCACAAGCAAUGCGCGGAACCGUCCAUCUGCAUAACGUCCUGCAAGACUUUCACCCGGACCUCUUUUCGACGUACCUCAGCUCGUUGAACAUCUCGCCGCAUCCGUGCGCCCGCUGCCACGUCUCGUUCGCCAAUCUGUUCGAGAUGCUCUGCCACUUCGUCUCGGUGCCGCACGUGAAUCGCGUCUACCACGAGCAGAGCGACUCCACGAACGUGCUCUCGAUGGCCGACGUGCACUGUGUGCAGAAGAUGAUCAGCGUCGUCGAGGAGCUGGAGGAGGAGGAGGGCGACGUGCGGCUGGACACGGGGCCGUCGAAGCGAGAGGCCUCGUUCUUCGACGAUGUCGACGUGGCGACCGCGUUCGACUCGCUCAAGAGUACGGUGCUUCUGAUGCAGACGGUGCCGCUUCUUGAGCCGCCAAAAGAAGAGUCGGACGUGUGCGAGUACAUGGAGGCGGUGAUUCUGUUCCGCUCGUUCGAGUGCGACUACCUGCGCACCGAGCAAGAGUUCCGUCGCCGUCGCUUCGGGCUCACGGGCAAGACGAGCUGCGCGUAUUGCCACGUGGAAUUCGACGCCACUUUCCUCGAGUCGUUCCUCAAUCACUUGCUCUCGGAGCACCACAUUGCUAAUGCGCUUCGCGUGGGCGUCAGUCGCACCGAAAUGGAGUAUUGGCUCUCGUUUCUGGGCGUGAUCUUGAAGGGAAAACAGAACAAUCGAAGUGAUAUGCGGUACCGGCAGAAGGCGGAGACUUCGCUGCAGGAGGGAGACUUCCCGCUCUGCUACCGGCUCGUCGAUCUGGCGCAAGGCGACUUUAUCUAUCAAGGUACACAGAUUUGGGCUCUGCAUUUCUGAACACUUGUAAAUUUGCAGGUGCGGAAGUGGAGCCGGUGCUCUCGUACAUUCGUCGUCUGGUGCGCACGAGUUACCCGCUGCUCGACGACUAUAAAUUCCGUACUUCGUGCCGCUGGUGCCACGUGGAACUCUGCUCCCAAUACGCGCUCCUCCGCCACAUUCUCUACGACAAAUCGCACACGGACCGUCUGCACGCCGUCUCGAACGACGACCUCCGACGCCUCCUGAAGCUGCUGCGCAUUCCCGUGACGAUGCCGUUGUUCAGUGUCACACAGACACAGUCCCGCCAGUUUAUGGCUCCGCUGCUCGGCGAGCACAAGAAGCGGAUGAUGCAGCGGCUGAAGAACGCGGCGUGGCGGAAGCACAAGAAACGGGCGAUCCAGACGAUGGCGUCGCGCAGCUUCCCGAUGGGACUCGUCAAUCGGUGCGAGUUGUGCGCAGAGGACGUCGAGCACGUCGAGGCCAUCAUCACCCACUUUUGCUCAGAGAAUCACGGAAUCAAUGUGGUAGGCAAACCGAUUUUUCGAAAUAUUUUUAAAACCACAUGCCCCCUCGUAUCUAAUUCUGCAUCGAAAGUGCCCCAAGCACGGGAAUGACGGAAAUGCCGGACAUGUCGUUUGAAUUCGUCAAAACAGAUUAUCCCCGCUAGCAUUUAGUCAAAGAUCUCAAGGAAUUGGAAAAAAAAAUCGUUUCGUCGAAAAAUGACGCGUUUUUCCAACAAUGAAACUUAUUUUUCAGACGACAAAUCCGCGCAUCACCGACUCGGACUUCGCCUGCUGGCUGACAAUCUUCAACGUUGGCGGACGCGCUUUGCGCUGA